UCUCUCUCUCCUCUCCUCUCCCUAUGUAGUUUUUGACAUGGCCUCUUCCACCAAAUUCAACUCAUCCUAAUCUCUCCACCGCCAUGGCCAACGACGACCAAAACUCCUUCCUCCGCCACCUAACCAUCCUCCUAAUCACCGCCUCAACCGCCGCUCUCGUGAUCAUCAUCUACCACUGCAUCAUCACCGUCUGUUGGUACAACCGCCGCACCUUCCAACGCCGCCACCAAACACCACCGGUGAUCCAACAAGAAGAGUUAACGAUCAGCAUCGAGGCCUCGGUGGCGGGCCUCAUACCGGCCCACAAGUAUCAAAAGGAAACGGAAUUGGUGAGAGAAGAUAGGACUUGUGCGGUUUGUUUGGGCGAGUACGAGGAGGGUGAAGAGCUACGUACGUUGCCUGAGUGCAUGCACUCUUUUCACGUGCCUUGUAUUGAUAUGUGGCUCUACUCCCAUUCGACUUGUCCUGUUUGCCGGACCGAUACGCCGCCGCCGUUUGUGUUUAGGGGUUGUUUGGAGCCUGGUUUGGAUGGGUUGACCUCGCAAAGAGAUCAUGGCAUGGCAUCGAAUUUUGGUGUGCAUUUGGGGGUGCUAUGAUGGUGGUGAAAGUUUUGAACAAUUGUUUUGUGUUCAAAAUAAGAAAUGAACACUUAAUGCUCCCUUUUGUUUCCACGGAAUUUUGUGUUUUUUCAAAAAAUGUUUUGGUGAUUUUGAUUGUGACUUUAAAAUUAAUAUAUUAGUAAUUGUUUAAUAGUAUUGAUUGC